AUAUCAUGUAUCCUUAUUUAGAAUACACUUCGUCGAUUAAACGAUAGUCUGCAGUCCGGAAGCGCAACUGUGAGCUAUCCUAGCUAAGAGUGUCAAACGAAAUUUUCUGUUAUUUCUGAAUAUUUGAAAUAUUUUCUAAGCAACAAUAAGUACAACGUAAUGGCUCAUAAUACGGAUAGCACCAAUGACUUGGAUAAAUUCCAAGCAGAGGACAAUGACGAUUGCUCACCCAAAAUGCCAACAUCAAAUCCGUUGCCCUACGACAAGUCACAAUCACUGGUAGAUAUUGCGAAUAAUACGUUUAAAGAGCUAUGUCGUACACUAGAGAAUGAGCAAUCCAAAUUAAUGGAAUUGGAAGAGCGACGCAAAAAACUCCAAGAAGAAAUGCAACGCCUUAAGCAAGAAAUUGAAGAAGAGAAACACACAUAUCGCCUGAAUCUGGUGGAAUCUUUAACAGAGAAUGCGGAAGCAAUGAGCGCAAAGGGUAUGGAAACGGAUGAUGAUUCAGGUCCCGAAAUACCAAACAAGUUAUACACCUGUUAUGAAGCCGAUGAAACCGCUAAUGCCAUAGGAACAUCACCUACUAGCUACUCAGCGGAUGAAGACGAUAGCAAACAUCCCAAUGAUAUUGCACGUAUUAUACAGAAAAAACUUCAACGCGUAGUCGCAGAGUGCGUUAUUGAACAACGCAACUAUGAUGAUCCAGCGCUUGAGACGGAAGUUUUGGAUAAAAACUCUACUUGAAGUCAGUGCAUUUUUAUUUACGUAAACUUGUAUUUUUAUAAACCAUAAACAAUUGUUGAAGAAUUAUCUAUUUUAUUUCUUAAAACAUUUACAAUAAACUUAAAUACAACUA